AUGUUCAGCAGCUCAGGAUCCAGCAAUGGCACUUCAGUGGAACUAGCCGGUGCACUCUCUGGAGGAUCGCUUCACAUUACAGGCUAUCAUUUUAGAACAGUAACCACCAUGAGCCUGGCGCUUGGGGACAAUGUCAACUAUGUGUUCGGUUACAGAUUGUCCGAUAAAACAGCAGUGGUAGCCAAAGUAUCAGUAGCGAGUUUGCAGCUUGAACGAGAAUUCUACAUUAUCAAGCGACUAUAUCAGACAAACGAUGGCUCACACUAUCUUGUGCGUCCUCUCGAAUACAUCAAUCUCCCCAGUGGCAUGGCCGUGGCAAUUUAUGCAGAUGAAGGAUGCAACUAUCAACAAAAGCUAGACGACGCGUAUACGACUACUAUCAGCGGUAACAACUCUUCUGCUUAUGCAUCAUCAUCCUCCACAUCCAAUUCAAGCGCAACAUUGACCACAGCUGCUGCUGGUGGUGCUACCUAUUCCAUGGAUGGUUCCAGAAGUGUCAGCAGCAGCAAUAGCAGCGGCAACAAUAGCAACAAGCAUGGAUUUUGGCGUAAACAUCAUCUCCAAAGCAACAGCAGCAUCCAAGUCUUUUCCCAGGAGACAACCACGCCUUAUGACUUGAGCACCUUUUUACGAUUUGCUAUCCAAUGCACCGAUUGUCUUGAAUUUAUCCAUCGUCACAGCACGUUCCAUGGUGAAGUACGAUUAUCAGCAUUUCAAUAUCAAAACGAUCGCGUCAAACUAUGGAAUUUUGGAUCGAAUGCGCGUACAUGUGAGAAGUAUUUGACAAGCGAAGGAUGGAGAAAGACGGCGAGCCAUCGAGAAGCCAUUGAGCAAUUAUUGGUGUACAUGAGUCCAGAGCAAACAGGUCGUACUACGUACACUGCUGAUCAUCGUUCCGAUAUUUACUCUCUCGGCAUUGUGUUUUUCAUUUUGCUCACUGGACAAACGCCUUUUGAUGGUGGACCCUUGGAGAUUCUCAAUGGCAUUCUCAGUCGCAAAGUUCCUUUGGUGCACGAGGUACAGCUUGAUGUGCCUGAAAUUGUGUCAUCCAUCGUUGAGAAAAUGACAAACAAGACGCCUGAUGAUCGAUACUCAAGCAUGCAUGGAAUUCGAUCCGAUCUUAAGGAAUGUUUAAGGCGACUUACAUCGGGUGCUUAUUCUGAGCCAAUUGCCCCUUUUGCCCUAGCACAACAUGACAUUGCCUCCGUCUUUACGCUGCCGAAAACGCUCUAUGGAAGAGAGGUUGUCAUUUCCGAAAUGACAUACAUCAUCGAACGACACAUGACCUACUAUUCCACCAAUAACACUCCACGUUCCACGACAGCAGCAGGAGCAGCAGCACGGUCCAGUAAACGUAGUAGUCGUCCCAUGUCCCAUUCCAAUAGCCCUGCUGCACCGCCACUGCAAUUAAGUUCAUCAGCUGCCACUCAUCAUUCAGCAGGAGGUGAUACAACCACAACGACAACUAGUACUUCAGCAAGCGUAUCCUGUGCCACAUCAUCGUCAGCUGCUGCUGCAUCUGAGUAUGGGGAUCCAGUGGUGCAUGAUUCUUCUGGAGCCCCAAGUCAUUACAGCAGCCCAUUAGGUGACAUUGAAAGUGAUGCAAGUAGUCGUAUCAUGGCUGGUCCAGGACGACAAACGACAACAUUGGUUGGUGUCUAUGGUCCUGGUGGUAUCGGCAAAUCCACAUUGUUUCGAUCAAUACAACCCACAGCGCGCAAAAAUGGGUAUAUUGCCACUGCCAAGUUUGAUUCAAGAAACAAGGUGCCCUACGUGGGUGUGCUUCGACCGCUAUCACAAAUCUUGCAACAAAUCCUAUCAGAGCCUGAAGAUGAAGUUCGCAUGUUCAAUGAUCAUUUGAAAAUGGCGCUGGGUGCUCAUUUUUCCAAUAUCAAUACGCUUGUUGACCUUGUCCCUGAGCUGAAGACACUUGUUUAUGGAACACCCGAUCCCACCACCACCACCACCACCACCACCAAACAACAACAACAUGCAGCAACCAAUACAGCAACAGCAGCUGCUGCAGCUGACUAUGCCAGUGCAGUUGACAAUAUAGAAGCACGCAACAGAUUCCAGAACGUCUAUGUGGAAGUCAUGCGAGCCAUAUGCCAAUGGCGAAUGACAACUUUGUUUCUGGAUGACUUGCAUCAAGCUGAUGAACCCUCGUUGGAUUUGUUACAGGCGCUUAUCAAUUGCAAGGUCAACGUGCUUGUAUUCAUCUCCUAUCGCGACCAAGAGUUAACAGAAGCACAAGAAGCGCUACUGCACAAUGACGUUGCCAACAUACAGCUACUCAAGAUUGAGCCACUCGACAAAUCCUCCUUGCUUGAUCUAUUAUGCGAUGUCCUUCAUCGACCCCGUGAAAAUACGGAGGCACGUGACGAAUUACAACCCCUGGCGGAGGUGAUUGAUCGACGUACCAAAGGCAACGCAUUCUACGCAACACAAUUCUUGCAAACACUUGAACGCAAAAAGUUGAUAUGGUUCGAUUGGGAAGCGAGUGAAUGGACCUAUGAUUUGAAAAAGAUCGAGGAGAGCACGUUGCUUAGUAACAUGAAGGCGGACUCUCAGCUGGAUGUGGGGUUCAUGGUUGCCAAGCUUAAGGAGUUAUCGCGUGAUGGUCAACAUUUAUUGAAGCUUGCAUCCUCUGUCGGUGACUCUUUUUCUUGGGAAAUGGUGCGUACGCUCAUGAUGGAUUGUGAACUCGACGAUGAGAGCGUUAGCGAAGGCGACAGCAGCACCAGCAGUAUGCGGGGCGAUGAUGAUGACGACGAUGAUGACGAUAGCGUAUACACUUCACUAUCAGAAGAUAGCAGCAACACACGACAAGCAUGGGCUAAUGAAUGGGAUGAUCGGCCGAGAAAAGUGCGUCCACCCAAUCGGCCUACAAGCCGUCUACAGAAUACGUCCUUUGGAAGAUCCACCGAUACAGGCAGGGUUGACCCUAUUAGUGGAUUACAUGCUGUACUCCAAGAAGGCUACGUGGUGCAAGUUGGCACGGAUGAAUUCAAAUGGAGUCAUGAUCGAAUUACUCAAGCAGCAACAGAGCUCAUUAAGCCAAAGUCGAGACAAAAGAUCCAUUUCAAGAUUGCGCAACAUUUGAUGCAAGGUGAACAGGUGGAUACUUUGCUUACGGCCGAGCAUUUACUCAAAUGUACCGAUCUUUUGCUACUUGUUCCUGACAAGGCGCCGUAUCGGCAAUUGAUGAUCAAUGCUGGCAACAAAGGAAUGACAUCGGGUGCUCAUAGCAUGGCCUUUGCAUACUAUAAGCUUGCUCUUGAGCUGGGUGAUCCUGAAACCGAAUGGAACGAUGAUAGCUAUGCAACGACAAUUCAACUGUAUUCGAAUGCACUCGCUAUGAGCUUUAUCAAUGGUGCCUAUGAGAUCAUGGAGCGAUUACUUGACACCGUGUAUGCGCGAGCACGUAAUCCCCUUGAUCGUGUCACUGCUUAUCAGAUCCAGUCAAGAUAUUACUUGGCGCUCAAGAAACCAGAUGAAAGCCGUGACACCUUGUUAGAAUGCUAUCGCGAUUUGGGCUUCAAAGACCUCACAUUUUCGCUCACUUGGGAUAUGAUACAAGAAGAAUACAGCAAAUUGGGGCGACUCAUCGACCAAGUUGGCAUAAACAAGCUUCCCACAAUCGAGCGUUCGGAUGAUCCAUUUCUUUCGGCAUCAUUGUACAUCACCGAUGAGCUGCUUCAUGUGAUGUAUUGGACCGGGCAAAAGCAAGAAAUGUACUUUUUGGCGUGCCGCAUGUUGAACCUAUCGAUCGAGAGGGGUAUGACACCUUUUACGGGCAGUGCAUGUACUAUCGUUGGCAUGGGCUAUGUGGAUCUUUUCAAGCGAUACAGCUUUGGAGAGGAAAUUGGAAGAAUUGGCACUGUCUUGGCUGACAAGUAUGGUGGAAGCUAUGGACGAGGAAGAUCAUACAUGAUGUAUAGCAUGUUUUGCUGCCAAUGGAAUCAUCACAAUCGGGAAUCCGUCAAUUGGUAUUCGGCUGGUGCCUCACUUUCGCACUGUGCUGGUGAUCGUAUUUUUGCUCAGUACCAUGAAGUCAUGCUUGCGGUGACAAUGCUUCAUUGUGGAUACAAUUUGGCCGAUGUAUUGCGACAAGCUGAGGAUACAUAUCACGACAUUCACGCAUGGUCAUCCAAGAUGAUCAACUUGAUGAAGAUCAUUGCUAUCGUGCGGGUGGUAAAAGCACUUCAAGGUCGUACCUAUGUGGACACACCCAAUGUCUUUGAUGGCGAUGAUGGAUUCAACGACGCUCACUUUGUACAAGAAACAUGUCGACAACACGCUCAUGCCGAUGUUGCAUUGAAUUGGUACGAGUCAUACAAGUUGCUUGCAUUGGUGCUUUAUGGUUACACCGAUAAAGCUAUCGAGGUCGGCCAUUUCUGCUACAACACGAUCCAUUGCAAUCCAUGUGUCAAGAGCACCCGAGAAUCCUUGUUUUAUUACUCGCUCGCAUUGAUUGAUAAGAUCCGACAAGGUGUCAGUCUUGACAAGCGUGAGGAGUAUUUGGCUCAAAUCAGGCUGAAUCAGGAGAUCUUGCACGAGUGGGUGGUACACAGCCGAAUCAACUAUGUCAUGUAUUGGACCUUAGUACAAGCCGAGUUGGCUUCACUUGAUGGUGGACCUACAAGUGUUGUGGAAGCGAUUCGCUUAUAUGAAGAAGCCAUGAACCAAGCUCGAGAAGGUGGAUGGUAUUUUAUUCUCAGCGUUGUGCAUGAAUACGCUGGCGCAUUCUACAGCCGUGUUGGCAUGCAUAACCUUGCGUAUGGAUUGACCAAAAAGGCCAUUGAUUUGUAUACAAUGCAUGGAUCGUAUGGCAAAGCACGCCAUCUCAGUACAAAGUUUGCAACCCUCUUGGCCGAAUACAAUGAUGAUCGACGAGAGUGUAGAGAAGCUGGUGUUCAGACUGAUCCAACACCCUUUUUGGAUGGCAAGACUUGGAGCUCUGCUACUUCAUCAUCACCCCAUCCUGGAAGAGAUGAGCCGCCAUGUGCCACUUCCACCGAAAUUAUCCCACCCGUGACCACAGAACAAACACUGAUGACGUUGGAUAUUAUUGACAUGGCAUCUAUCCUCAAAAGCUCUCAAGUACUUGCAUCUGAAGUAAAGUCGGAUCGAUUGUUGACAAGGAUGAUGACGAUUAUUCUCGAGAAUUCGGGUGCUGAUUCUGGUGUGAUCAUUAUCAAGGAGGAGAAGAACACUCCGAGAAAGGAAAAGGAAAAGUAUGGCAUUGGUGCCUAUGGGUGUCAGCAAGAAGGUGAAACUUCUACGACGUAUGAUCCACCACGGGAAUUGAGUGACAAUGAUGCAAUGACUUCGAGUCGGAUUAUUCACCAUGCCAUCAAUACACGUGAGAAUUUGUUUAUCCCUGAAGUUGCUCGCGAUCCACGUUUUGCAGUCGGCCCUUGGUUUGAGAAUGCGGGGAACAAGUCGGUGAUUUGCAUGCCUAUCAUUCACAGAAACUCUGUUGUUGGAUGUCUGUUUAUCGAGGGCCCAGUUGGCAUAUUUACACGACGCCAUAUUAUGGUUCUCAGCUUGUUGUGUCAACAAAUGGGUAUCUCGCUUACCAAUGCCAACCUCUUCAAAUCGAAUCAACGUGUCACGGCAGCCAAUAUAAGAAUGAUUGCAAUGCAAAGCCAAGCAUUGGACGAUGCAAAACGAAGCAAGGCUGAGGCUGACAAGGCUACCCGAUUGCGUGAAAUCUUUUUGGCCAACAUGAGCCAUGAGAUCCGAACCCCAUUUGCCGGAUUCUAUGGCAUGAUUUCAUUGCUUGCUGAUACCAGAUUGGAUCCGGAACAAUAUGACUUGGUUAUGGUUGCUAAAUCAUCAUGUGAGAACCUGCUAAAGAUUAUCGACGAUUUGCUCAACUUUUCAAAGUUGCAAGCGGGCAAGGUGUCUUUGGAUUUAUCGGCUGUGGUCGUUGAGGACAUGAUUGGCGACGUGAUUGAUAUUCUUAUGGCCACUGCUUUUCAAAGACGAAUCAACAUCACUUAUGCGCUUGCCAAAGAUGUACCAUCCGUUGUCAUGGGUGAUGCCAACCGGCUUAGACAAGUGCUCAUCAAUUUGUUGGGAAAUGCAAUCAAGUUUACUCAUGAAGGCGAGAUCCAUAUUCGAUGUUCGGUUGAAGAGCGUGACAAGGAAAAUGACCAUGUCAAGUUAUUGUUUGAAGUGAUUGAUACCGGCAUUGGGAUCAGCGAUGAGCAACAAAAAGUAUUAUUUAUGCCGUUUUCGCAAGUGGAUGGCAGCACAACACGUAAAUAUGGCGGCACGGGUCUGGGCUUGUCGAUUUCUUUACAACUUGUCAAACUCAUGGGUGGCGAAAUCCGUGUUACCAGCACGCCUGGUCAGGGUUCCAACUUUAACUUUUCUAUCCAAGUAUCGCCCUUGGUCAGCCAAUCUGCACAACAAGACCGGGACCUUCAUGACAUGCUUCGACAUUUGCUUGAUGUUCAUGUGCUUGUUGCAGCCAAGCACAAAUCCACCAUUGAAAUGAUUCAGAAUUUCUUGCCAGAUGUAUCAGUGGAAGGUGCAUGUAACUUUGGCGACUUUUCUGCUCUUGCUCAAGGUCAGCAACGUGGUGGUAGUACCAUGGCCGAUAAGCUUCGUCAGGUGAUCGUGAUUGAUGUAUUGCUUGCCAAUGACCCCGAUUUCAGCACAUGGCUAGAUCAAAUGUAUCGGCUUGUGGAUGCAGCUCAAUGUACCAUCGUCAUGCAUUAUCCUACCAAUGGUGGUAACCAUCAAUCGUUUAGUCGUGGUGCCGCUGGCAAUGUUCCAUUACUCGCUGAAAAUGCAGCACAUGAUAGCGACACUAGAAACCAUACGAGAUCAACAGUAUCAGUGGUGCUCAAUCAACCAUCACAGCGUCAUAAUUUAUUCGAGAGAAACAAUGUGGUUCCCAUUGCUGCCCCUGUACGUCGACAAAAAUUGCUGCGUAUCAUUCUUCGAUCCAUACAAGAAGAUCCAUCAUCAAGCAGAAGUUCUUCGCCCUAUCCUUCAGCACGACGAGGAAGUUCACGGCCUGUUUCAAAGCCUGCCAAUGAAAGUAUCACCGAACAAGAACGUGCAUUAUUCAAAACAAUGAACAUCCUUGUUGCAGAAGACAACCCGGUGGCUCAGAAGCUCAUUUACAAGCAACUUGUUCGGUUCGAUUUCAACGUGACAUGUGCUAAUAAUGGAGCGGAGGCUGUGGACAUAUGGCAAAAGCAACCAGAAGGCUAUUUUCAGAUGGGCUUCUUUGAUCACCAUAUGCCAAAGUGUGAUGGGGUUGAAGCGACCAAGCGAAUCCGCAAAAUGGAAGCACACGAGAAUCGCAGCAUCAAACUCCCCAUUGUGGCACUUACAGCGGAUAUCCAACAUAGUGCAAAAGACUUGUGCAUGAAUGCAGGCAUGAAUGAUUACUUGACCAAGCCAUUGAACCAAAGUGUCCUGGUGACGACGUUGAGACGGUUCUGUUGCCAUGGUUACCAGCAAGGAGAUAUCACCCCAUCAUCAUGA